UUUAGUUUUCCAUCGUUUCUUAGUUCAUCAGUGUUAUGCAAGCAAUAAAAUUAAAGUUUUAUUGAAUUAAUGGCUUCAUAAAGUUAUUAAAUUUAAAUUCAGACCGGAUAGUUAUUCGUGUAAAAAAUGUAUCGAUUAUUGACGGUCAACCGAAUUGCUUUGGAAAAUUGUAGAUUAGCACUGAGCGGUAAAAAACAUGCGGUCGGGCGUAACUUCGUGAGCCUAUCAGGAAGGUGUGAUGCAUACAAUUGUUUGACACCGGCUCGGUAUCAUCUAACAAAGCAUGACAACCAAAGGGUAGUGUAUUCUCAAAUGCAAAACAACGUUGUCACGAGCUCAGCCUUAUUGACUCCAAAUGGUUUGGCAUCCAGAAAAGUUGGGAAUACGAAGUUACAGCUCAAGAUAACUUCUGGGACAAUACGCGAACAGUCAACAACUACAACCAAUGCAGAAGCUUUAGAACCAAAGAAACGAAAGAAACGUAGACCAAGAUUUGCCAAAUAUGUUGAACUACUUGAAGUGAUGGAUGGUUCGGCAAAUGUUCGCAAGUCCAAGGUUCAACGUUUGAAGGCAAAAAAACUACAAGAUUUUGUGACCAGAACCCAACAAGAAAUCAUAAAGAAAAUUACAAACAAAAAACUAAAAAGUUCAGCCUCCAAUGAAAGAAGUUGUGCAAAAUCUAAAGGCAAAUCAGCUCUUGUACAGCCAGUCGAAUAUCAAAAAAUUAACUUGGAGGCUUUGGACAGCUCCGUUUUAGAAUCUGGAAGUUAUGAUGACAAACCAUUGAUCUUUUUUGGCAAAGAUGAAGAAAUAAUUUACAGUAGGAUGCUGACAAACCCCGAAAAAGUUGAUCAAAUAAUAAAAAGUUUUCAAAACUUUAGAGAUAUAAUCGAGGGCAUGGAACAAGAGAGAAACGAUAUAGAAAACUUUGGUCCCAUAUCCAAGGAAGUAAUACCAGAAGAAAUAGUUGGUACAUUAGAAUCAGCAGAGCCCUACGUUUUUCCAGAUGUCAUAGAAGGUACCGAUAAAAACUCCAUAUCUUCAGUUACCACAGAAAAGUCAAAGCCAAGAUUCAAAUCAAAAGUGCAUCAUAGUGAGAUGCAUGAACGCUUAUCCAAAGAAAGAGCAUUGCGACUUAAUCUAACAACCUACUUAAAUGUUUGCGUAUCGGUGGGACUUUUAAAUCGUGGGCUUUCUACCAUAUUAAACUACCGUCAAAGAGCCCUAAAGCAUAAUUCAGAAAAUAAGCUAAUAACCAUUGAUUUGUACAACAUCUUGCUGCAUGGCUAUGCGGAAAAAGGCAACUUCGAGCGUUUUGCCGAUAUAUUUCGUCUAAUCGAAGAAGAUGGCUUGGCAUUCAAUGCCCAAACUUUUGCAGCAAUUUUCGAGUGUUUAGGUCGUUUGGAGCCAUCUGAAGAUAACACCUUAAAAAUUCAAAAGGCCAUUAACAAGGCUAAGCGAAUGGGCCUUUCCUUGCAUGAUGUCAUGGAUAAAUCCUAUUUUUUAGCCGAUCAACGCGAUAUUGCCCUAGAUGCUAUACAAAGAGUUAUUCCCGAUUUCCAGCCCAGCUACACUCCCCCUGUCUUAACUUACAGCAAUGAACUAGUAAAUGAGUUUAACAAUAAAGUGCUGCCACCCGAUGAUUUAACUGCAAAUUUGGAAUCUGAGAGUAAAGUUGAAGGUUCAGAAAUUAUGAAUUCCAAAUUGGGUUAUGAUAAACUGCAGCUCACAGAAAUGGCACGGGAACAAUUGACAAAUGAACUUGAAGGUAGCAUAACAAUAAAAUCCAUAGAAAAAGCCAAGGAAUUUGAUAAUACGGAAUUCUGUCGUGAGAAACUCAAAGAAAUGGAAACACUUUGGCGUGCCCAAAUAUGCAAUGCUAUGACCAGAGACCUAAACACACUAAAAGCCCAAGUUCGUUAUAAACCCAAUGGCUAUAUGAACUAUUACACCUAUUUAAAUACGUUAGACAAGUCACAGUAUGCCGAUAUUCUGAUAAGAGAAAUUUACAAACUAGCAGAAGGAUCUGAAACAUUUAGUCCUACAAUUGGCCAACUUUAUAAAGAGUUGGGUCAAAAAGUACAACAACGCUAUCAAGUUGAAGAAAAGAAGAAGAAUGGCAUACUGGAGAAAAUUGGGGAUAUUUAUAGUUCGUAUUGUGAUAUAUGGUGUCAUGCCAACAGUAGUGAUAACACCAGACAAAUGUGGCAGCGUUUAGUUCACCAAGAGCGCUCAUCCGGGCCCAGCAUGGAUAUUCGAGAGGUGGCCUGGCCUUCAAAUGUUUUAACGGGAGUUGGCCGAUUUCUGUACAAUAUUCUAAUGAGAGAUAUUAAGAUAGAUGCAAAUAUAAUGCGUCAAAAUCAAAAAAACAAUCAACAAAAUUUGCUGCCAGCCUUUUAUACACUCUUCCGCAAUCAAGGUCGUUUGGUCAAAGAAGAGGUUAAACCACAUCCUGUUUUGGCAAGGUUACUACGUGCUUCGCGUCAGCAAACAUUAACGUUUGACUCAAAUUUGGUGCCAAUGUUGUGUCCCCCACAGCCUUGGAGUACUCCACAUAAUGGUGGUUAUUUACUAAAUAAAUCUGAUUUGAUACGCCUACCACUCCAAGCCGUACAACAAUGGGAACGCAUAAAUUCCAUGAACCCCCAGAAUAUAUACCCUGCCUUAGACUCAUUGAACCAGUUGGCCUCUAUACCUUGGCGUGUUAAUACAGAUGUGUUAGAUGUCAUCAUUGAGGUUUUCCAAAAUGGUGGUGAUGAUAAACUCGAUGUCCCUCAACCCCCCAGUUCUUUGCCUGCACUGCCUUCCUUACCUAAAUAUGAUGCUUCCAUAUCUAAUGCUGAUAGAGCCAAACUUUUCAAGGACAAAAUGUCACACAGGCGCAAACAAGCCGAAAUGUAUAGUUUAUGGUGUGAUACUCUAUAUAGAUUAUCCCUAGCCAACCAUUACCGAGAAAAAGUGUUUUGGUUGCCACACAACAUGGACUUCAGGGGUCGUGUUUAUCCUGUACCUCCCCAUCUCAAUCAUUUAGGAUCUGAUUUAGCACGUUCUAUGCUUAUAUUCGAUCAACCGCAACCUUUGGGCGUGGAUGGUUUUAGUUGGCUAAAAUUACAUUGUAUUAACCUUACCGGCCUUAAGAAACGAGAUUCCGUUAGAGAGCGUUUACUUUACGCCGAAGAAGUAAUGCCAGAAAUUUUAGAUUCUGCUGAUAAUCCCCUGACUGGACGUCGUUGGUGGGCAAACUCGGACGAACCCUGGCAGACGCUAGCAUGUUGCAUAGAAAUCGCUAAAGUGCAUCGCUCUCCCAAUCCUGCAGAGUAUUUAAGCCGUUUUCCCAUACACCAGGAUGGUUCCUGCAAUGGUUUGCAACAUUAUGCUGCCUUGGGUCGUGAUAAGGCAGGAGCCUUUAGCGUGAAUCUGGCUCCCUCCGAAACACCACAGGAUGUUUACAGUUCUGUAGCAGUGUUAGUGGAGAAAGCCCGUAAACGAGAUGCUGAAAAUGGUCUGCAUGUAGCUGAAGCUCUUAAAGGCUUCGUUCGUCGCAAGGUCAUAAAACAAACAGUUAUGACUACCGUCUAUGGUGUCACCAGAUACGGGGCACGUUUACAAAUUGCCAGACAGCUCAAAGAUAUCGAUGAUUUUCCCAAAGACUGGGUAUGGCCUGCCUCCACCUACUUGACUACAAAGACAUUCGAAAGUAUACGAGAAAUGUUUACGUCGACUCGUGAAAUCCAGGAUUGGUUUACCGAGUGUGCACGACUGAUAUCGGGGGUAUGUGGUAGAAAUGUAGAGUGGAUAACACCCUUGGGACUGCCGGUAGUGCAACCCUAUAAUCGUCAAGAAUUCAAACAUAAUAAAACAAAUAUGCACGUAUCAGAGACAAUGGUCACAGAUAUGUAUGAAAAGCCUAAUGUUAUGAAACAAAAGAAUGCCUUCCCACCAAACUUUAUACACUCACUGGAUUCAUCACACAUGAUGUUGACUUCAUUGCAUUGUGAACGUGCCGGCCUUACAUUCGUAUCUGUUCACGACUGCUUUUGGACACAUGCCUGCACAGUACCCGAAUUAAAUCGAAUCUGUCGAGAACAAUUUGUUGCCUUACAUUCUCAGCCCAUUCUGGAGGAUUUGUCACAGUACCUGAAGGACAGAUUUAGUUUUAGAAAAGGCGAUUUCUACAAUGAUGACUCCGCCGAAGACAUGUCAAAACGUAACCUUAAUCGUGUGCUUUGUCAAAUGCCCAAAAAAGGAGAUUUCGAUUUAGACAAUGUUUUGGACUCUGUAUACUUUUUCAGUUAGAUGAUGAUAACAGUACGAAUAUACCCACAUAGAUAUAUACCUACAUACAAUUGCUAUUGCUAGUGCUAUCCAAGAGAAAAGAUAACGAUCUUUUCUCCUCUUCUCUUCUAAAUAAUAGGCUUUAACCCAAAAUUGGCUUAAAAAGUAUUUGAAGGUUUUAUGAAUGUUCUUUGUAAGAAUUUAAAAAAACGUUUACGAAAAUAAAAUGAAAAUUUUACAAAAACUAAACAAA